AUGGAGUUCACGCCCGGCAUCCUGAGAGCCUUUGUGCACCCCUCGCACUUCGAUUCAUUGAGCUUCUGUCUGCAGCCUGUGAUGGCCAAGAUGGCCGUGACGUUUCUGGCAGGAGAAGUGAAGCAACUAAGCUUCGCAGACAGCCAAGUCAGUGCGGAGAUCAAAGCAUUGGUUAGAAAUGAGAGCGCACAUGUGGAAUCGGGUGGCAUUCUGACAUUGAGCUUCGACUACUGUGUGAUUUGCUCUGGUUGCAACUUCGGCCCCUUUGAGAAGUGGGGAGAGUCAUUGUGGUUUCCCACCAUCCACGAGGCAGCUCGCCAGGAGAGCGCCUGGCCAGAGAUAGACGAACGCUAUUUAGAAGGUCGCCGGCGUCACAUCCUCGAGGAACACGAGAAGCUGGCGGUGCUAAAUGAGAGGCAAGCUUCAAUAUUGGUGGUGGGUGCUGGAUUUAUUGGUGUGGAGUGGGUCACUGAGCUUCAGCAUUUCUUCCCAAAGCUGAAGCUGACCAUUGUGGAUGUGCUGCCACGCUGCCUGGGGCCACUCCCGGAAAGGGCAGCCAAAUAUUGUGAGAGAUACAUGACAAAGGUCGGUAUCCAGCAGGUCUAUGACAUCAAGUAUGACCCUGCAAGCCAAGCCUUUUGGGAUCAGAUAGGUCUUCCAAUGAAGGCAGAAAGGACCUUCGUUUGCAUUGGUGUGAAGGCUUCAAACUAUUUCAUGCCAGCUGAAACCCUCAGCGUACGCGGGCCAGGCGGCGGUGGUUGGAUUCACUUCAAUCAGAAGUUGCAGGUCACUUUGCGGCCAAGUGGCAACGAACCGCUUGGAGAAACCUGGGCAGAGGGUCGAGUGUUCGCCGUCGGCGAUUGCAACUACGGUUGCAUUGGGAAUCCGCCUGAUUGGAUCAUGCCACCAGUGCCAAAGGUCUCCUUCCCGAGCGAGGAGCAGGCUGCGCAUGCGUGCGCUAGCCUGAGGGUGUUGGCAGGCUCAAAGCCCAAGGAGUUGAAAAACACCUACUGGCCUUGGGGAGCUGGGAUGUUUGUCACCAGCCUGGGUCCACGUGAUGCAUGCUUUGUUCUCGGGGCAAGUCAUCAGAAAGGCUCUGGCUACAUGGUCAACUGGUGGCUCCCAGCGGCCUGGCAAAAGGAGCUGAUUGAAAGGACAAAGAUCAUGGAGUGUCGUGACAGCACCGUGGGUCGCCUCGUAUGGCACUUCGUUCACCACCGUCCCUUCCUCCAGUGA